UCUUUGCCUUACUGACGUGAGUUUGCAGGUUGAGGUUCUGGCUGAAAGUUUACAAGAGUGCAUUCCUUUUAUAUCCCCCUCUCCUCCCCUGCCCACUUUCCCCCCUUUCUCCAUGUGGCCUCUGUGUGACGUAUGCUGUUACGUAAUACCAAGGGCUGAGGCUAAGUGAGUGAGAGGAAGUGGGACUACUACUGAAAUGCAGCGGAGGUUUUGACCCAGUCUUUCUUUUUAUUUUUUAAUUUUUUUUUACAAGUUGCCGUGCCUGUAAAAGAUGAUAACCACAUUGAGGCAGCUCUUUUGGCUCAUGGGAGUACUUAAGAAGACAAGACAGCAACACGAUGAGAUACUGAUGUCCAUUUUUAUCUGUGAGUUUCUGUCUGUGAUCACUCCCCUCAGAGUCACUACCUGGAAGUGAAGCAGGAAACUUUCCUGUAAACCAGCAGGGAAAGCUCAAGCAUCAGUGCUUGAUGUUUUCACCGUUUCUCCGAAUGAAUCUCUUUAGAGUCGGACCAUUUGAUUUGUUUACAUUUGGUGGACCUUGACCAUCUACUGUCAGUGGGAAGAGCAAAAGCACCAGAAGAACUGGUCUCAGUGCUAUGCUAUGCAGCCACAGAUGAAGAGUGAUCACUGAUCAUGAAGGUCAGGGCUUGUCUAAAGGGGGAGAUCAACUACACUGCCAUUUUCCUCUUUCUGACUCUGGCUGUCUUUAUCUUUGUGCUGCAAAACAUCGAAAGCCUGGAGGUUUGGUAUAAAGUGAACUUUACCACUGGCCUCCUGAAACCUGCCACAGACCAUCACAGGCACCAUGGCUUCUGCACCUUCGAGCCGUUAUCUCCUGAGGAUGCUGAGGAGGAACGCCUUCUACUAGAAUCCACUGCUUGGCCUAAAACUCCAGUUUUGCUAUCUCCUCUUUCGCUGGAGGAAACCAGUGAUCCUGCCCACAGCACCUUCACCAUUCUUCCAGGAAAAGAAGGACGACAGUGGCAGAUAGGGGACCAGCUGGAGGUCACAAUAAAAAUGCGUGACUUUAAAGGACGUCCAAAGAACACUGGGGGAGACGUCUUACUCACUCGGCUGCACAACCCGAGCCUGGUAGCAGGUGUUGCUGGGAAAGUGGUGGAUCAUCUCAAUGGCACAUACACUGCUGUUUUCUCUUUACUAUGGGAGGGAAGCGCACAGGUCCAGGUGACACUGGUUCAUCCAAGUGAGGCUGUUACUGUGCUGCAAAGGUUGAACGUCGAAGAGCCAGACAGGAUUUACUUCAAGAGCGUCUUUCGCUCAGGCAGCCUCUCCCAAACGACUGCCUGUAACGUCUGUUUGCGACCGACCCAGCAGCCGCAGUGCAACUACACGGACGUCCGCACAGGAGAGCCCUGGUUCUGCUACAAGCCACAAAAUCUGAGCUGUAAGGCUCGUAUCACACACAGCAUGGGAGAAUUCAAGCAAAACCUCAAGGCCAAGGAGGAGAAGCUCUUUGACAGUCGGGUCAACAUGAAAGUCCCCAUUCGGGCCUCGGGACCUGCCGACAUCACUGUGUUGCCAAAAAAGGAAGGUCAACCAAAUGUGGAGAGCAGCAUUGUGAAGUCUGGACCUGCUGGCUAUUAUUACCAGGGUGUGUGGCAUGCACUCGGUGGAUCAGCAGGUCACCAGUUCAACAAUGAAGCAAUCACUCGGUGUCUGAGAGGCAAAGUUGUCUACAUGUUCGGAGACUCCACCGUGAGGCAGUUUUUUGAAUAUCUUAAUGCUGAACUACCAAAUCUGAAGGAGUUUGACCUGCACAAUGAGAGGAAAGCUGGACCUUUCAUAUCCUUGGAUUAUACAAACAACAUCUUGAUGAAGUACCGCUUCCACGGUCCUCCUAUCCGCAUUGUCCCUAUCCCAACCAGUGAACUGCGUUACAUGGCCAAUGAACUUGAUGGUAUAACCGGAGGUUCCAACACUGUUGUCAUUUUUUGCAUCUGGGCUCAUUUCGGCACUUUCCCCAUGGAGAUCUACAUCCGCCGGGUGCAGAACAUCCGCAGAGCGGUGGUGCAGCUGCUGGACAGAGCUCCAGACACGCUGGUUAUCAUCCGGACUGGGAACCCCAAGGAGCUCACACUUACUGUGGCACUAACCAACAGCGACUGGCACUCAUACCAGGUUGACAAGGUGCUCAGAGCCAUGUUCAAAGGACUGAAUGUUCAUUUUGUGAAUGCCUGGGAGAUGACUCUGGCCCACCACCUGCCCCACGACCUCCACCCAAAACCUCCCAUCAUUAAGAACAUGAUUAAUGUUAUCAUGUCCUACAUGUGCCCUCAACAGGGAGGCUAGAUGUGUGGGAGAGGACUGAGGCUUCAAUAACACACACUGAGUGUAAGAGUUUGAUCUGUGUUUCUACCAAGUAGAGAUGUGGAUUUGAGUCAUUGUGACAUGGACAUUAGUUGACAGGAGUCACUGUAUUGAUUACUUAAAACUCGUCUUGACAAAAUAACAACAUUAGAAAUAACCAGUGCUGAACACAAUACCCCAUGUUUUUGGAUUGUCGAGCAGCAUUCUGGGUGAUACAAGAAGCCGCAGGCCAUGUCUAUGAAAUUCCUGUGUGGUUGUAAUUACAGUUAGCUGAGAUUUGAGGACACUAAUCUCGCUGGUAACUGUCUCCCACAGGGCGAGCUAGUUUGACUGCCAGGUACAAGGAACUUCCUCCAAAAUCAUAAUUAAUGAUGCUCGGGGACAAUCAUUUCAACUAACCAAAGAGUGAGUCCACACAGGAUGCAGGUCCUGGUGGAUGAAUGGGCCAAGUACAGGUUUGUGUUCUGUGUAGAACUUACUGUUAGAUUGUUGACUUGUGAGACACAUUACACAUCAAGACAUAGAUAUUUUUCAGUUUCUGUCGUAGUUUGAUUUUGUUUACACUGCACCUUAAACUGCUCUCGUGGCAUUUCACAUUUGGCUGUAAUAGGCCAAAAGAUUAAAUUUAAAAUGCAACGGACAACCUAUCUCCAGAAUAUUUAAGUUUGACAAGUUGGACAGUGUUAGCCUAAUUUGUACAAGUUAUGUUAAUUUUCACCCUUUUCUGGCUUGAUGCUGUAACACACAUUGAACUUAAGGGCGGUGGCUUGUUAAUACUUUGCCAUCAGUCUUUGCUCAAAUAGCAGUUGAGUUAGCGCUGAGUUUGAAAGGGAAACUGAAGAUGUUUAAAGGUUACAUUGUCAGUGGCUUUAUUGGCAAGACCCAAGCCUUGCCAGCUGCCUGUUUUGCAAGUCUAAACAGUGAUGAGGAAAAAAGUUAGAUUCCUCACUCCAUAGCCUCUUCUAUCAUCAGCUAUGGGGGAACAAAAAUCACUGUGUCUAAUUCAGAAUGUUACUGACUAAGACUUUUUAAACAUGUUUCAUGUCUUCUGGAAGUAGUCUGAUUUCUGCUGUCUUUCUGGCGUGUUUGUGAUAAGAAACUUGAAACUGACAAAGGAGAGGAGACUCCUCUCAUGGCAGAGGGAAAGUAUUGAGUUGGCUUUUUUUUAGCACCUUUAAAAUUGUAUUUGUGAGCUUGAGGAAUGUUUUUUUUUAUUUUAUUACAGAGCAAGGGUAGCUGUUUUCAGUCCUAAUGCUAUGCUAAACUUCCAGUACAGCAGCUCUGUCACAUAUUCUCCCACUAUGAAGCUUAAAGUGGCCAGUUUGUGUUUCAGAGAGUUGCAAACACAGCCAUAUGUUUAUUUCUGAAGUUGUAAUAAGUGGUAGUGUUGUACCACUUUGUGUUAGAAACAUUCCUCCCUUAUAAUUUUUGUAAAUGGGGCCAAAUGUGAGAAAUAACCAUCACUUUAUUGUCAUCCAGUUCAAGACCACUGCAAAGUACAUCUUUAAUAAUGAACAUAUUGAAUAAUAACUUUGUAAAUGUAGAAACCCUGGCUGAGCUGUUGUGUUGUGUUGGCAUGCAU